GCAAUCCGUAGACAUUCAACUCUACUACAACAACGAAGACAGAACAAAACAUGGAGAAAAUACCUGAGAGUAUUUGACGAAGGAAAGCAACAAAAAAAAAAAUGGCACAUAAUUACCGGAAGAUGAAGCGACAGCAUAUCGACGCAUACCUGUCACUGACAACUACGCAAAAUCUGUUGGUUUUUGACGAGGAGUACCAAAAUACGUGAGGAUUUUAUGUCAACAUCAACCGUCAUGAUUAAAGAAGAAGUCAAAAUGGCUACGACGGUUGGUUCGGAGAGGGGUUCUGAAAGGGCAGCGAUGGAGAGGUUCGGCUGUGGAGGGAUGGCGCUUCUGCCUUGGACUAAACAGCUACUCACCGUGAUGUGGGAACAGCUUCGACUUCUGGUUCAGGUCAUAUACUACACCUUCAUGUCAGUUUUCCAGAUGUUCAGGUUUGAGGUUCACCUUAGAAUCACAGACGAGACGGGUCAACACAUCCAGCACAUGACCACGGCUGCAAACCCCACAGAGUCCUUCCUGUUCUCCUCUCUGUUUGACGGAGAUAACGGAGUGAUCGUUGGAGGUUCGAAUCCCCUCUCUAACUUCUGCGCUGACGGUGGCGACUCCUUUGCUGGGAAAUCCACUGCCGAGGCCCUGCUGUCCACCCUGCGCGCUGACGACCUAUGCUGCGGACUGGUGGACGAUUUUGUGUCUGGCAAAGAAGACGGCAUCUUUCUGGGACACCAAUCCAGCUGGACCAUGGGCUUCCCCAGCGACUGGAAGAUCUUUGUAUCAAGUAGCGACAGCUCCAACGACGGCUGCCACAAAAGUAGCGAGAAAGUCCACAAAAGGGACUCUUCAGAAGAGGAGAAAAGUUUCCAUUGGAGCAGCGAAGAAGACCAGAACAUAGUGGAAUUUGACAGUGAGGAAAGUAAAGCGCUUUGGGAGUCUCUGUCAAAAUCUAGUGAUCCUUACAACCCCUUCUUUUUCUCUGCGAGCAUUUCAACAAACACAAACAUGGGCAGAAUUGAAGGCAAAGCGACGGACAGUGACGCUGACCUCGUGUCAGUGAGCAAGUCCAGCGAGGAGAUGCUGGGGCCUCAAGGCCUCAACAUCUGGGUCAGUCGUUCUGACAGCGAGAGCAGCUGGAGCAGCUGGGCCAGUUCCGACAGUUCCAGUCCCAGCAUCGAUGAAGAGAACGAAAGGCUCUUGGAGUUCUUCAGCAGUCCCAAUGACCCCUACAAUCCCAUGUGCUUCUCUGCAUCCACAUUCAGCAGCAAAUCCCCUCCAACCAGCGCAGUCUCCAAACAACAGGCCUCACCUCCUGCUCCGCCCUCCAAGUCGGAUACAGACACCGAGGAAAUAGAGAGUGGCUUCCCUCCCUCCUCAGAGGACGACGAAGAUCAGCUGUGGAAAUCUCUUUGCCAAAAGGACGACCCGUACCACCCUCUAAACUUCAAGGCCUGCCUCCAGAGCUCCCCGACAUCACCUCGGUUUGAAGAUUCACAUCCCCUCGAAGUUCACCACACAACAAAACAAUCAAUCAAGAAAAAUAAAUGUGAAAACACACCUCGAAAACCCAGAGCCAGCAAGCCCUCACUGCCGGAGAGGAAGAUAAAGCAUCACUCCCAUCCAGAGCAGACCGUGGUGCCCUGGAAGAAACCCGGACAAACACCUCAGACACCGCCAGAGAAGAAGGAGGAGAGCAGCAGCACCCAGAAAAAGGUGCGAUUUUCUCCUCUGGUCCAAGUCCAUGUCAUGCGCACCUGGCCGUUUGCUCGCCAGGCAUCUCGCAAAGGACACUGGGAAGAAAUGGUGCGAGAUCGGGACCGCUUCCGGAGGCGGGUCCAGGAAACGGAGCAGGCCAUCGGAUACUGCCUCACCCAGCAACACAGAGAGAAGUUGCGGGCGUAUCGGGACGGUGCCUUGAAAUAAAGUCCUGAACACUGAAUGUUUUAUUUCCUUUUCGGAUGAGAACUUGUGAUUGGUUGCAAUGCAACAGUGAUUUUGAUUUUAGGCCAAUUAGGAAAAUUUGAUGUUAGGCCAACUUCAAUGUUCGGUGUCGAGUUGAACAACCUUGUACCUCAGAAGGUUUUUUACAUUUGUGACUGUUGCACUGACACUUUCUCAUAUUAAGCUCAGCAUUAACGUGUGGAAUGUUGUUUUUGUAUGCCUUAUAUACUGACCUAGUAAUGUAACUUAUUUAUGCCCUAUGGAGCUUGUUGUUCAUUUUUUACAGUUGGUUUUUUCUGUUUGUGUUUUGUAUGUUAAAAAAAGUACAGUGGUGAAUCUAGACGCUAUAAGUAGGUGAUGGUAUCGUAAGAGAGCAGAGUUUGACAGUACAAAGUGUUUUGUUUAAGCAUGAUGAUUAGUAAUGAAGUUUGGUAUGAUUCCUGUGUUAUUGUUGGAAUAUUUUCAGUUUUCUUGUUUGAUGGCACAUAGCACUGAGUGGAGAUUUCUAUGUUUGUUGUUAUAUUCACUUGAAAUAUACAAACACUUCCUUUGUGACUCACUCAGCUUCUCAUGGUAACAUCAUGCGAUCCGAAAUAUGUCACAAAAAUCGUCUGUAGCAGAUCUGUCGGUUGGUGCUUUGCCAAAAUAAUAAAAAUGUGUUACCCUGUA